CUAGGGGAUCAUGAUGGCCCUGUGGAAUUGUAGAACGUGGCUGCUGUUCUCCCUUGUGGCUGCUUGCUUCAUCUCUGCCUUAGCUGGGGAGUCUGUGGGAGAGAGUCAACAUGCAAAUAUUCGGCUUGAUAAGAACCUGGUACAAGAUAAAGACCACAUCAUGGAACAUUUGGAAGGUGUUAUUGAGAAACCGGAGUCUGAGAUGUCUCCACAAGAGCUGCAGCUUCAUUAUUUCAAAAUGCAUGAUUACGAUGGCAAUAAUCUGCUAGAUGGAUUAGAACUUGCUGCUGCUAUAUCCCAUGUCCACAAAGAGGAAGGUGGCGAACAUACCCAGGCAAUGAAAGAAGAAGAACUAAUUAGUCUAAUAGAUGAUGUUUUAAGAGAUGACGAUAAGAACAAUGAUGGAUACAUUGACUAUGCAGAAUUUGCAAAAUCCCUGGAGUAAGGGUUUGCGAGGAGGUUCUUUCUCCUUUUAGCUAUGUGGAAAUGUGACCCAGUAUAAUGUGAUUCAUUACUGUUUCAUAUCAACCUUUGUGCUGCAACAUUCAU